AUGGACGAAGAAACAGCAGAAACGUUUGUGAAUCGAGAUGAGCCUGUUCCUGACAUUAGCAUCGACAACGGGGACCACGAAGUCCCAUCCAAAAACAGGCUAUCUGCGACGUAUGUGAGGGAAAAACUACAGGGAAUGCGGCCCGACCGCACCGAUAGCCAUCCUGAAUCCUUACAAGAUCGUCUGUUUUCCAGACUUCUUCAGCAGGUGAUACCAGCGGAAGAUGGCGACGAGGAGGAUGAUACAUUGGAUGCAAGGCGCCACCAGCCGCCACCGUUUAGUCUUCCGACUAUGACAAGCAACUUCCGACGGUUCAAUGCUAGGAUUGGCAUCGUUUUUCAAUUUCAAAACAAGCUUGUGAAGCUGUUCGGCUGGAGAAAGCCAACCCAGACUUGGUCAUUCCUUUUCGUCUACUCUUUUAUAUGCCUAGACCCUUACUUGCUCCUAAUAUCCCCUUUUGUGAUCCUUCUCUUCUUUAUCAUGAUUCCCGCAUUCCUAGCACGCCACCCUCCGCCUCCUCCGACUACCACGACUUCUAGCACGACGCCCUACUACUCCUACGAAGGCCCGGCACUUGCUCCCGCCAAAACCAUCAAACCUGUUCCCGAAACUUCGAAGGAUUUUUUUCAUAAUAUGAGGGACUUGCAAAACUCCAUGGCUGACUUUUCUGUUCUUCACGAUACCGCUGUUGCCGUAAUAUCACCGGCCACAAAUUUCUCCAACGAGACUUUUUCAUCAAUGCUAUUCCUCUUAUCUAUUGUUCUCGCAGUUUCACUUUUUCUGACAGCCCACCUUUUACCUUGGCGUUUUAUUUUCCUCAUUGGAGGCAACAUGGCUAUCCUAUCUAGCCACCCUCGCACCGGAGCUGUCUUAAACAUUUUCCAGCCACGCGAAGAUCAAGCGAAAGAGGAUACUCAGAGGGAAAAGGAAAAGAAUUUGAAAUCGAAUAUCGUAGCUUUUGGAAUCCAAAUCCCGACAACCUUUUCCGGCGUUUUGGAGCGAUUAGAGUCGCUAGUUGCACUCUCCCUCGAUUCAUACCCAGAAGAGCGCGAGGUUGAGAUAUUCGAACUCCAGCACCGAACAUUUUCACCCUUUUCUGGAACUUCUGAAUGGGAGUCGUUCGUCUUUACUUCGUCCCCUUAUGACCCGCUCUGCCCUUCUAGGAUUGCCGGUGACCGACCCAAGGGCACCAGGUUUUUCGAAGAUGUGCGCCCUCCACGUGGUUGGGCUUGGAAAGGGAAAAAAUGGGAGCUGGAUUUAGAAUGCAGAGAAUGGGUAAUGGAACGUAUGGUUACUGGGGUAGAGUUUGAAGUUCCCAGCAGCACCGGCGACGGGAUCGGCGAAGAAGUUGGUGGCUGGGUUUGGGACCUGCCAUUCCAGCCUCCUCCUGAAGGGCUCCGCGGUAAGCCGGAUGAACUUAGAGGUAAUGACAUGCGGAAUGAUGGCACUUCAAGAGAGGACAGAUACUCUAAAGUUGAAUGGGAAGAGGCGACCAAGCAGGCCGAUAGGACCGGUGAAUGGAGAAGAAGAAGGUGGAUCCGAAUCGUCCAGAGGGUCAAGGUUGAUGAGAAGCUUUCAAGUGCUUCUUGA